AGGUCGGCAGAGCCAGUGCAAUGAGACCUUCAUGACGGUGUGGACGACGGAGGAACGGGGUGUGGAUAUGAGGGUCCUGACAUGUGGCUGCUUGUGUGUCCUGGUGUUUCUAGGAUGGCUUCUGGUAAUGGUCGAGGCAGGUCUGCAAAUAGAGGGCAACGUUUGUGGCCAGAAGACAUGCAAGACCAAGGAAUACUGCAGCAACCACGACAUGAUGUGUCGACCCUGUGACGAAGUGUGCGAGAUAACAUCUAACAACUACCAGCAGAAGACUUGCGAGGACCAGUGUCAAGUAUAUAUAUACGACCAUCGAUAUGUGAUGAGGGAGGACCAAGUUGGAGGGGAGGACCUCAGAAGUGAAAUGACACACUUGAAGGUUAUGGUGAUUCUAACGUUCGUCGUGUCGAUGUUGGUCCUCCUGACAUUGGCUUCCUCGCUGGUUCUGUUCUUGUGGCACAGAAAGAGACGGAACACGCGGCCUUCGCUCCAUUUGCAGUCAAAUGGGACCAAGAACGGUAAGGCGGAUGCGCUGAAGCUGGACAUGUCUGUGGUUGUGCCGCCCCCAAGCACCAAUACCGCGCCGCCCCCAGUAACGCCAGCCACGACGUCCACCCCUCUGAGUUCGCGCCCUCGUUACCCUAAGGAAGAUCCGACGUUGGAGUACGGGGCUUACGACAAUCCGGGUUUGGCGCCGUCGCCAGUGUUCGAGGACAAUCAGGCUGAGACGACGCCAGUCUCGAGGCGUCAGGAGAGUUCCUUCUAGUAACUGAAGACACGGUGAGGCUAGGGGAAUCUUGAAAUGCCACACUUUCCGAAGGAACGCCUUGGACAUACGAUGUUCCUCAAUUGGACGACUUCAUGAAGACAAAACGUGCGUGAGACAAAGAAAUCGCGCAGUCACGGACGACGACUGGACCUGAUUACGUCACAGUUCCCUCGUAAUUACGUGAGAUAUUUUUUUAGUAAACAACGCACAGACGAUAUUUCAUGAGUUCCCCUGUUUUUGAAGCGACUCCUGGAGACAUUUUCGUUGUUUUUUAUUUUCAAGGUUAGUGGCAGUCGGAGGUUCCCACGUUCUAACUCGGUCGAUGCCACUCGUCAGUGUAAGAAAAUUCUCAUCUGAAGACAGGAGCAAAACCAGCUGCCGAAACGUGUAUAUGUAUCAUAUCUCCGACGGCGAGUCUCAAAAUCCAUCAAAAACUAUUGUGUAAACCACUUACAGUCAAAGACGUGGUAAUUCUUGUGACAUUUAAAGUUUCAGUGGGAUUUGCAAUAAAUACGAGACUGAAGUUUCGGUUUAAAAAAUAUUCCGUCCAUUUAAGUGAUCAGUAUUGGGACUGGUGAUAUAUAUACGAGUAACUAUGUAUAUUUGCUCAUGUGACCGCGUUGCUAUGCCCAGUCACACAGCAGGUUUGAGGCAGUCCACGUGUUUGAGCCUAAGCAGACAGUUUGAAGGUGGUAUUGAAACCUACCGGAAGUCCCUUCGUGUUCCCUGACCAGUGGUAAAUAAAUAUACGUAUUACUGCUCUCUGAGCGGAAGACUAACUCGACCUUCAAACAGAAAUACCCAUCCGCGCAUGCGCACAGCCGUUCUAAUACGCGGUGGAGAAACAUCGGCUAACUUUCAGUUCUCCCUUGGCUUUCUAGCUUAGUGUUUCUUUUCGGUCUUGUGCUUGUAGUAAUUCACAAUUUAUAGAUAAUUUACUUUUUAAGUCAGGUCACUUGUAACAUACCCAAUAAUCACGUAUCAACAGUGAGAAUAUUUUCAGUGAGGGACGAUGUUUUUAGGACGACAUUCAACAUGACGUCACUGCUUCAAGGUCGAGUCUAUUUUUCCGGUCAGACAGUACUGUGAACAGAUUUGUUCAUUUAAAGAUUAUUUAACAACUCUAUAUCAUCUGCACUGGUUGUUUAAGUUCGCUGUGAACGCUUAACUGGAAACGAUGUAGAAUAAAACAGUCCUUUCGCGUUUUAAAAUGUUCCAGAAGUGGCCUAGACGAAGAUCAGGGCAUCGCAGAAUACCUCGGCUAGGAUAUCCGGCUUCCGGGCCGAAAGUCUAACCCGGGACCUACCGAAUGUAGGAAGCAGGAUUACCAACCACGACGCCGUCUAUCUGAUGCGUGAUGUGUUAAUAGAUCUUCGUACACCCGUACUAAGAGACUGUUCCCGGCAAAGUUACGAUAAACACCAUAAAAAAGCUCGGCCAAUAAGGUUCAAGUAUUCUAUUCAGUCGUUAGAACUCGCCUUUCCCCUCUCUCCGUCGUCGGGAUGACUACGGGAAUCUUCUAACGUCACGCGGGGUUGUCAGUAGCCUAAGAAACGUAACAUUCAGUGUUAAGAGUACAGAAAUUCUAUUCCGGAAAGACUCAUCUCUCUCCUGGGCUAUUAACCCUUCAAAGCAAAGCAGGCAAAGGAAUUAGAUAUUACAGCUUAAGGGGAAAAAAAAUCUGUCCCUGCCUAGAAUCGAAUCUCGGUCGUAUAGCCAGCGAUGUCACUAUACUGAGCUACAGCAGCUUAAAGUUUAACAACUCUGUAUUUAUGGGCUUAAAGGAUUCUCUCUGAGGUACGGACCGAAUUUUUUUUUUAAAUAUUGUUUAGACGAACUUUGUUCAAAGCGUUAAGGAUUUGUAGAGAAAUCUUUUAUCUUACUGUUCAGUUUAUGUAAUUAACCCUUUGAAGCCGAAGAUCGUCUGAAUAUUAUUUAUGAAUUCAGUCCGUACCGCGAAGAAAACACUACACCUCACCAUUACGAAAAUCAGCUGGUUAACCCUUUGAAGCCGAAGCUCGUCUUCAUAAUAUUUACGAAUCCAGACCGUACCGCGAAGAAAACACUUCACUUAACCAUUAGAAGUCGAAUCAGGCGGUACCACAUAAGAUUUAACAAAAGAACAUCCCGGGCAAAGCCUUAAAGUGAAGUAAUAGCCCCGUUCAUAGCAAAAUCUCUCCUUGGAUGAUCGGAUGAGAGCCUAAGGCCGAACACGUGGACUAAGGUUUCUUGCCCCACACAUUCCAUGCACACACAAGUUGUUACAUUAUUAUUAUUAUUAUUAUUAAUAUUAUUAUUGUGUUUGCAAUAAAGGUUUCUUAAAAACACUAAA